AUGCCAAGAGAUAGUAUGAAGUAUGAAAACGAGAUUAUUCAAUUUGCCACUCAACGAUUCGCCGAUCAAGAUGCCAAGUCACGGAUAACUCCCACACCGUCCGCUUGUUUGGCCAGCUGCUUCACUUUCCGACAAAUCGUUAUUGGAACCUGUCUUUUUCAGAUUUUCGCGGGCGCUGUGCACUUUCUCUUCACAUUCUAUGGGUACAAGCUUCUCAUCGAAGUCGACAAUGAACUGAGACAUACGAACAUCGGCGAACAAGCAAUAAGGAGUGAAUCCGAUAUCACAAAUUUCUCAAGUUUCUCAGCUUUUUCUAAUUCCGACGAAACACUCAAUCUUCUCAUCGCAGUUUGUGCUGUUCUAGUCGCAUUCAUUGGCUUUGCUGGUUCAAUUUCGUAUCACUUCAACACCGUCUACUUCAUUCUCUCUGGCCUGGGCGCCGCGGCCGCGCUUUUCGCUGCUUGCUGUUCCGUUUUCGCCACAAUGGUCACUAUCCUCAUUGGCUUGCCAAACACCAUCUUCGGGAAAGUGAUGAGCAGUUUUAGCUCGAACUUUGCCUUUCAGCCGAUCUCGCAGCAUCACGUGACCUCGGGAAUCAACUUAGUCGAAGCUAUAGUGUGUAUAAUCGCUGCAAACUCGGUCGGCAUCAUUAUGAACUUUGCGCUAGCUUCGAGCUUUGCGAUUUCAUCGGCAGCGUCUUUCAAACUGCGCCAAUUUCAAAUUGAGAAACGGCGAAAGCGCAAAAGAACUUUCAGUGAUUAUGACACCGAAGAAGCGGAUUAUAUUCCACAGCACGGAUUACGGACUGCGUGA